ACCAGUGUUGUGCGUUUCCAAUUGGAUUUUCCUUUUGUUGCGUAUACACUCUGUUUAUUGCGCUCCGAAGUAGUCGUUCGUGGCUGGUUCGCUAUCGCUGGCUUACCUGCCAAACGGAAUCAGCCUGCCUCGUCGUGCGAGUAUGGCCUUUUCUUAUCAGUAGGAACGACGUUAUCAGAGUGUCGUUCAAAGGAAAAACAAAGCAGGACGGUUCCAUCUCGAAACAAUUUCGCUUCCAUCACCUUCGUCUGCAUCAUCAUCAUCACCCAUUUGGCUGGCCAAUUUAUUGUUUGCGGAGUGGUGUUGAUUAGGCGUUAUCAUCGUAGUGAGCUUGAGCGCUUCAGGGGAGCAGCUAAUGUGCGAAAGAUAAACCCUUCGGUGAUUAAGUGGAAGUAUCUGCUAGAGGAGAAGCAGCUGCAGAAUGUCAGAUAGCAUCAAGUAUGAAGUGGACAUGAAAAUGGAGCCAUCCAGUCCAUCGGAAAAGGAACGCAGCAUGUACUCCCGCUGUUCGAGUGCUGGAAGUGUCCAUACUCCAACUUCUUCUGCUCAUAACACAGAUGAGGAGGAUUCUGGCGACAACAAUAAAAGUAGCACAAUGAGCUACAAGGAACGUCGUCGGGAAGCUCACACCCAGGCCGAACAGAAGAGACGUGAUGCCAUCAAAAAGGGCUACGACUCGUUGCAGGAGUUGGUGCCUACUUGUCAGCAAACGGAUGCAUCCGGGUACAAACUGAGCAAGGCUUCCGUGCUGCAGAAGUCCAUCGAUUAUAUUGGAUAUCUCCAUCAGCACAAAAAGAAGCAAGACGAGGACUGCGCGUCGCUUCAUAAGGAAGUUAUGGCUCUGCGGAUCAUUCAGAAGAACUACGAAAAUAUGCUUCAGCAGCAGCAACAGUCGCCAGGAAGAACCGAGGCUCGGUUGAGUGAUGACGUCAAGUUCCAGGUGUUCAAAGCGAUCAUGGAUGAAAUGUUCGUAACAUUCGACCAGCUGCCCAUGAACGACUUUGCCGAGCUGACGUCCGGGGUGAUUCCCUGGUUAGAGGAGCAUUGUAAGCCUCACAUGUUGCGGGAUGUGGUCAACCGGACGCUGGGAGGCAUCACGUCGGCCUAUGUAGCUCAAGUCAAUAGUAAGGGGCAUGAUGUUAAAAGGGAAUGAACAUAUUUUUCUUGUAAAAUAAUUGUAAUACAAACUUCUGUAGCUAUAAUGUUGAAUAGAA